GGGGCGGAGAACAGAAACAGCUCUCCCUGUGGGACUCUGGUGGAAAGUAGGGCUGUGUGAGUUGGUCACUGUGGGCAAAUGUGGAAAGAAAAAGAGACGGAAGACAAAAAACAUCGACUGGACCAAAAAGACAUGAAAAGGAUUAACAGAUGAGGAAGAUCGACAAAGCAAGACUUUCAACGAAGCUGAACUGAACCCAGGGAGGAGAGAAAGCAAAAGAAAAGCUACAGAGACUUGUCUGUACAAGAGGAAGGGGUGGGGGGAUGACUGAGCAGGUUUUGGCUUGUACCUCCAACAGUUGAGAGGAAACACUCACUGACGCCUCGCAGUCAGGAAAAUGAAGUGAUUUGAAGAAAGGUGUUAGAAAACAGCUGGACGCUGCUGGGAAAGAUUGCAUAUGAGGCAGCAAACACAGAAAGGACGAAGAAAACUGGAAUCAUAGCGGCCGUGGCGGACAGCGGAUAGAGUGAAGGAGAGGAGAAACAGAAGGAGAGAGGGGCUAACGGAUAAGGAAGGUAUGAGGGGACAGAUCUUGAAGCCCCUCCUCUCUUUGAUGAUCACUGUCCUCCUGCUGGCGAGCCUGCUGACCACUUUCAUCUGGUACACGCUAGAGAACAAUAAUGUACAACCUAAGCGAUCACUUCCUCAAAAAAAAACUGCUCCUCCAACAUCAAAGCCCUCAUGCAAAGACUGCAGAGAAAAAAUAAACAAAGUGUUAGAGCAGUACUCAGAAGUCUGGAAGAAACAAGAUGAGCGUUUCCAAAAGUUCAGGUCGCAGCUGAGCACAAAGUGCCAUGGUGUAGAGAAGGCUACAAUUACCCAGGCAAACACUCCAGUGGGAUCAAAGCUUGUUUAUGAUGGAGAGAAGAAGAGAACCCUUCAGGUGAACCCGGAGAUUUUCAGCACCUUUUUUAAAGGGCAUCCUUUCCCAAAUAAAACAUGGCAUACGUGUGCUGUUGUUGGGAAUGGUGGGAUCCUGGCAAACAGUAGCUGUGGCAAAAUGAUUGAUUCAGCCGAGUUUGUUAUCAGGUGCAAUCUACCUCCUUUGUCAAAUGGCUACGAGAAACAUGUUGGCAUCAAGACGGACCUGGUGACAGCAAAUCCAAGCAUCCUCUUGGAAAAGUUUGGGGCUCUAAUGGGACGUCGACGUAAGUUUGUGGAAAGUCUGCACAGCUAUGGCAACUCCUUGCUGCUUCUUCCUGCGUUCUCCUAUGGCCACAACACUCCUGUGUCUCUGCGAGCUUUUUACACACUUGAGGACUUUGAAAGCCCCGUUCAGCCUAUCUUCUUCAACCCGGGGUACCUCCAUAACCUGGCCCUCUUCUGGCGCUCUCAGGGCCUGAGAACGAUACGGCUCAGCACCGGUAUCAUAAUGACAAGCCUAGCUCUGGAACUCUGUGACAACGUACAGCUGUAUGGAUUCUGGCCCUUCGAUUUUCACCCAUACAGCUUUCAAACUCUGACUAACCACUAUUACGAUGACAGAAAAACCAAAACAAAGUUCCACGCCAUGCCAGAUGAGUUUAGCCACUUGUUGCGGUUGCACAGUCAGGGUGUUCUCAAAUUACACCUUGGAGACUGCAAAGCAGAGCCGAAUUAGAUUCCUCAGGCAAAGAGCCAAGUGCCUUCAGGUGAACCGAACUGUCAAGACUUUCUUUUAAUUAAAAGACUGUAUGGACUAGACUGACUAACUCCACAGACCAGGACCUAUCUGCAACCACAAAACUUGUACUGAGAUCAUAAUGCAACAAAAAGAAGACAAUAACAAGUAUGGAUUUCAUCUUCUUUUAUAACUUUAUUUAUGUUUUGUUCAGGUUGGCGUCUGGAAGAGAUUAUGUAACGUGUGCCUUUGUGAGGCCAUCAUUGUUUAGUGCCUUAUGUUACAUUGUUAGUGAUGGGUUUUGAGUCAGGGUUACUGUGUUUUAAUGGAAACCAAAUACCUCCUUUAGAAGAAAAUUGUCACUAAAAAAAACACCAGCAGACUGAAUGUAAUAGGUUUUUUAAAUACAUUUAACCACUUUGAAAAGGUAAUUUGUUUUAAAUAAGCAACAUGAGUGUGUUGGUACUAAACACUUUUUUUACUAUGGCAGACUUAAGAUGAAAGAUUAUGCCUGUGCUGCCUUAAACAUAAAUAUCAUAAUAGAUAAAAAAUAAAAAAUACAAAUACAAAUACAAAUUGCACAAUUCUUUACAGAAAUUAUAACACUCACCUUAGGUGCUUUUGGAUAUACUUUGAGUCUCUUUUGUUCAGAGUUACAAGUCUAGAAGAAAUAUUAUACUGCCACUUUGAGGCAGGAAAGUGUUGCUGCAAAGGAUGAGUGAAACAAGAAUGAGUGGUUUUGAAUUGUUCAUCUGUUUUUCGGUGCCAUUUUCCUAUGUUGCAGCUCAACGCACCUGCUGUAAUUUCUGAUUGUUCCAAUAAAAUCAAAAACUGGA